GUUCGACCCUCUCGGUCUUGUAGCUCCAGUCGUCAUUCAAGGGAAGUUUCUACUCCGAGAACUGACUUGCAACGAAGCCCUUGACUGGGACACCCCUCUACCGAAGACAAAGGAAGCUGAAUGAAAGAUGUGGAAUGAUUCAUUACAAGAUUUACAAGACAUCAGGAUACCUAGAGCGUACUCAACUACCACCUUGUCUACUGCACAGAAGAGAGAACUUCAUUUUUUCUGUGACGCUUCAGUAAAGGCUAUCGCUGCCGUUGGCUACCUCAAAGUAAUUGACAGCGAUGGAGGGUGCCACGUCGGUUUUGUCCUGGGAAAGGCGAAACUAGCACCUCCAUCCGCCCACACUAUUCCAAGACUGGAAUUGGGAGCUGCUGUACUCGCAGUGGAAAUGGCAGAGUUGGUACAGAGAGAGCUGGACAUUUGUAUUGACACAAUGCAUUUCUACACAGACAGCAGAGUCGUCCUGGGAUACAUCUACAACCAGACCAGGCGAUUCUACGUGUACGUCUGCAACAGGGUGCAGCGAAUCAGAAGGUCAACCAAACCAGAUCAGUGGCACUACGUCCACACAGCUCAAAACCCAGCAGAUCAUGCUUCACGAUCAGUUCCUGCAACGGAGCUAACAAACACUACAUGGUUCACAGGACCCACCUUUCUGUACCUGCCUGAUGAAGUUCCCAGCUCUGAAAUGGAACAUCACAAGCUCGUCGACCCAGACACUGACAGCGAGGUACGUUCCCAUGCUACAGCACUUUCCAUUCCUCACUCUAAGCUAGGAUCUCAUCGGUUUGGGCGAUUUUCUACAUGGAAGUCACUAGUACGGGCUAUCACUUCCAUAACCAACAUGCUGGAACGUAAAAGAGCACCAGUCACAACCGGCGAUAUCACUAAACCCUGUACAGCACAACAAUUAUCAAAAGCAGAGACUAUCAUAAUGAGUUGUGUGCUAAAAGAGACUUACAGAACUGAGCUCGACUGCUUGGCUGCUGGGAAAAACAUUCCAAAAGACAGUCCCCUAAGAAAGCUGGACCCUUACAUGGAUGAAAAGGGACUUUUGAGGAUAGGAGGAAGGCUCAAGCAUGCCACACUGGACAUUGGAGAGCAGUUUCCUAUUAUCAUUCCAGCCCACAACCAAAUUGGGAAGCUCCUUGUGAGACACUACCACCAAAAGGUCAAACAUCAGGGUCGUGUCUUCACAGAAGGAUCCAUCCGUACAGCAGGAUACUGGAUUGUUGGUGCCAAACGGUGCAUCAACAGCAUUCUCCGCAAAUGUGUGGUUUGCAACAAACUUCGUGGAAGGACUGCUGAACAGAAAAUGGCGGAUCUUCCCCCUGACCGUCUGUGCACAGAACCACCUUUUACCUAUGUGGGACUUGAUGUGUUCGGUCCCUGGUCUGUCACCACGAGACGAACCCGUGGAGGUCAAGCUGAAAGCAAGAGGUGGGCAGUGCUCUUCACGUGCAUGAGCACGCGUGCCGUGCACAUAGAACUCAUCGAAACAAUGGAAACAUCAAGUUUCAUCAACGCUUUACGUCGAUUAUUUGCACUGAGAGGACCCGCAAAGCAGAUUCGUUCCGACUGUGGGACAAACUUCAUUGGUGCCUGCAAGGAGUUGCACAUGGUCCUAACAGAUCCCAAAGAGCCCAAUGUCAGGAAGUAUUUGGGUGAGGAAGGGUGUACGUGGAUUUUCAACCCGCCUCAUUCCUCCCAUAUGGGGGGAGCCUGGGAACGCAUGAUUGGAGUCUCCAGAAGAAUUCUUGACUCCAUGCUUCAAGAAUCCAGCCGAUCACAUCUCACUCAUGAAGUGUUGUCUACGCUAAUGGCAGAAGUAACAGCGAUCAUUAAUGCCAGACCACUCACACCGAUCUCCUCAGACCCGGAAUCUCCUUUCCUUCUGACCCCUGCUUCGCUAUUGACGCAGAAGUUGUGCACUCUCCCUGCCCCUCCUGGAACGUUCGACAACAAGGAUCUCUACCGCCAGCAGUGGAGGAAGGUGCAGCAUCUCGCCAACACCUUUUGGCACAGAUGGAGGCGUGAAUACCUUCCCACACUUCAAAAUCGCAACAAGUGGCAAGAGGUCAAGCCUAAUCUGAAGGAGGGUGACCUCGUGUUGCUCAAAGUCAAUCAAGCUAAGAGGAACGAGUGGCCCCUGGCUCUUGUCACAAAGACUUUCCCCGACCAGGACGGGAAGGUCAGGAAGAUAGAACUCAAGGUCACAAGAUCUGGAUCUGCAAAGACUUUUCUGAGGCCUGUCUCUGAGACAGUCCUUCUCUUGGCAGCUAAUGAUACAGACUAAGUUAAGUUAGGUUUCUGUAAUUUGUAUCAAGCAUGUUCCUACUGCAGUUCGAAAUAGUGGUAUAGUAUUUAUACCAGGCGGGGAGUGUGACGUAACAUUAUCAGGUAAUAAGAAGGGACUUUUAUUUUGAAGGCGAGUUGGUCCCUCCUCUAGUUUCCGGUAGUCUCAGCACGACAGUCAGACGCCCACUUGUUUACACACGAGACAGGUUUACGUGUUUCAGCGCUCCAAGUUUGUUGUUUCUUCCCACAAAGUGCCUUGGAAACAUUGUCUUCCCACAUGGAUUCUGCUAUAACGCAAACCAGCGGGUCUGACUCGAUACUCAGAGCCCACUGUUCACAUUUUGUCUGCUCUGCGUGGCUGAUGCAGCACCAUCGCAAAACAUUGUCCUCCAUGGAGCUUCCUGCACGCACACACAUUGUCAGUGAGGUGACAUGGAUAGGAACUACAACAACUUCAAGGAGCGAGCACCUUCAUGUCCAAGACCUUUGAGCAGUGCAACAUAAUCCUGUCCCAACACCUGACUGAUGUCUGCGCCAUCUGGUAGCGUGGAUACUUUGACUGUGGCGUCUUUGAAAAGAAGGUCUCUUUCCCCAAAAGGCUCGCGGGGGAAUGCUGGAGCCUAUCCCAGCUGCACACGGGCGGAAGGCGGGGUACACCCUGGACAAGUCGCCACCUCAUCGCAGUCUUUAUUCUAAUGUCUUCGCCUAUUCUAAUAUAUUCAAACAGUCAACUACAUCCAAACAUGUAUAUAAAAAACACUAAUCAUCAUCACCCCGUGUGAGAGGUGUCUCCUUCGACCAGCUCAGGUAGUUACGGGACAGCAGGAAGCUAAGUGGAAGACUCCAUCCGGCUGUCCAUCGGAGUCCACUGUGACAACUCCUGAGACCCCGCAGUGACCUGACAUCCAAGCUGCUGUUUCUCACCACAGCGACAGACAGAACACAUCCUCCUGAGGGACACAAGGCAUCCAUACUGGCUUGAACUGAUGACGAAAUGCACUGUCCAGCAUAAACUUACCAUCACUGUAUAUCUCCUUGGCAACCGCUCGGAGGCCAAAUUGCUUUAUCGCAGAGUAAACUUCUCCUGCGUCUACUGUCACUAUAUCUGCAC